UUUCACCUCCAUCUAUUUGGCCAUCCCCAGUGUGAGUUUGCAAACAACCUUCGAAGAACACCAAACACAUUAAGGUUAAUAAUCAAGAUGGCCAUUCCUUCCAUCUUCCUAAACCUUUUAUUUCCACCACCGUCGUCGUUGUUCGUCACCACGAUGACCGUCGUGGGUUUCUCGUCGUUGACGAAUGCCGGGUACAAGGAAAUCAAGGGCCAGCACAUGCAAUAUUCCAAGUUCUUGAACGUCGGUGUUGUGGAGAAGGAGAAGGAGAAGGAGAUGAAGUUGUCUAGUAAAAACGGGAUGCUUUUAUUCUACGCACCUUCAUUUCUCGUGGGCUUGACUUCCUUCUUCGCUUUUCCGCAUGAAGAUCUCAGAUUCGGGUUGCUUGUUUCUGCUCUCACCGUUCAUUUCUUCAAAAGGGUGGUCGAGGUUUUAUUUGUUCACAAAUAUAGUGGUUCCAUGGCAUUGGAAUCGGCAAUAAUCGUCCCACUGAGUUACGCCUUCUCCACCGCAACAAUGAUUUAUACCCAAAUUCUAUCCCGAGACGUUCCCGAGCCUUUGUUGGAUCUCAAAUACGUUGGAGUUGGAUUGUUCAUAAUCGGAGAAAUUGGAAACUUUUACCACCAUUGGCUUCUUGCUAAUCUAAGGAAGAAAGGGGACAAAGAGUACAAAAUUCCCAAAGGAGGGUUGUUUGAUUUGGUGAUAUGCCCACACUAUUUGUUCGAGAUUCUUGCAUAUGUAGGAAUCGCGAGCAUUUCGCAGACACUGUAUGCAUUUUCUUUCACUUUAGGUACGAUCUUUUAUCUGACGGGGCGGAGUUAUACCACACGAGAGUGGUACCUAUCGAAGUUUGGGGACAAGUUCCCUAAGAACGUCAAGGCUUUUAUUCCGUACAUUUUUUAGAUGCAUGUUAUAAAACUUAAUGUCCCACGUUGUGGUUACAUGUAAAUUUGUAUAAAGACGUCCUUUCUA